CUAACUAGUCGACGCUAUCUAUCUUUUUUCUCCCCACUUUAAUGAAUCGACGGUCAUCAUCUUUGGCUUGUCUCGCUUCUUCUCUAUAUUUUUUCCUAUUAAUAUUAAAUCAAAGCUAACCCUAAGUACUCGAUUCUAGGUCCAAUGCCGGUUUUCGAAUACAUCCACAGUCGUCUGAUUUGUUUUUGUGUUUGGGUAUUUGUCUGAUUUGUUUUUGUGUUUGGAUAUUUUUCUUUUCCCUUUUCACGAUCCUAGUGACAAUAUUUGCUCAAACAGUUCUUAACACAUUGUGAACUAUUUUGGAGCCGUUUAUUCUGGUUCAAAACAAAUAGUUUCAUUAUUGUAAUUUUUAUUGCGACAAAUUGUAAUGAGAAUUAUUUGUUAGAAACGUACUAUGACAGUUAUUAUUUGUAAAAUUAAUAAUGGCCACGAGUGCAGUCCAUUCAUUCUUCGUAUCACAUCGCUUACAUACCUGAUACCACCACAUAUUUUCUGACCCGCACCAUCGCCAAUAAAUUAAAUCCACGUCAUCAAAACCGUUUUCUCGUACGCCGUCAUCCUAUCGUUACCCCCACCAGAGAACUCGUGCUCUCUCAAACCUCCAUGGAGACUACGUCGUUUUGCUCCACGUACAGUGUCGCCCUCUCUUUCCGAUCGCUCCCUCCGGUUCGAACUGCCGUAAACUGUUCAUCUCUUUCUGCUUCCUUCAAUGGCAAGCCUCUCUCUCUACACCGGUUUUCAGCUUCAGUGUUUGGGCGGAGCAAAACGGCGGCGUUGUCAUCUCCGUCGUACGCCGCGGUGAAGGUAACUUGUGGCAAAGUCCGGGAGAUUACUGAAACCGAGUUCAGCGAUGUCGUUUUGAAGUCUAAUCGUCCUGUCCUGGUCGAGUUUGUUGCCACUUGGUGUGGCCCUUGCCGUCUGAUCGCCCCUGCUGUUGAAUCACUUGCGCAGGAAUAUGAUGAAAAAUUAACCAUCGUCAAAAUAGAUCAUGAUGCCAACCCUCGAUUAAUUGAGGAGUACAAAGUCUAUGGAUUGCCCUCGUUAAUUCUCUUCAAGGAUGGAAAGGAAGUCCCCGGAAGCAGGAAGGAAGGCGCGAUUACAAAAGUAAAGCUCAAGGAGUACAUUGAUGGCCUUCUUCAGUCGGUGACUAUUGCAUAGCUUCCCACUGAGAAUUUGUUCACUUCAUGGUAUGGAUAGAUAUCUUUGUAAGUAAUAAUUUUGUAGUCCAACAGAUUCUCUAUAUGAUGUAUAUUGGACCUGUUCAUUGGUGAAUCGAUUUUGUAUACCACAUGUUAAUUUGAUGAUCAGAUGUUUGUCUUGAGCUUUCGAUGUGAUCCAUGUUUUCGCUUAAUGUAAGCUGACAUGUCGGAUCUUUUGUAUCUCCCAAAAUGCUAUACUGGUAGAUGACUGUCAUAGAUAGCUGUGCUUUAAUGUAUCUUCUUUAUGAAAUAUUGUAGCGGGUUUUAAACGAGUUGAGGAGGUUGAACUGUGGCUGUCUCGAUUUCAGCUAGAAAAAAGUACACGAGUUUUCGAACUCAACCUAAUUCUUAACCUAAAAGAUAUGAACAAG